AUAAUACGCACGACACGGGCCUUACAGGAGGUACAUAUAUACCGAUAUCUCUCGAUUUUUUGGUGCCAGGGUGUGACGACUCGCCGACAGAGUGUUGACCACCGAGACGCAAGUGUAGACCCCGGAAGAAUAUUAAAAAAAACAAAAACAAAAAAAAAAAGGCGGAGAGUGAAAGAAGAAACGCGCUACACGGCCGUAAUUACAAAGACGAGGAUAUGGCGCAGCUGAUAAGCGUCAAGUUGUCCCGCUUCGACGGGUCGCCCUGGGGAUUUCGGCUGCAAGGCGGCAAGGACUUUGGCACGCCGCUCGUCGUCCAAAAGGUGAACAACGGCUCGCCGGCCGAAGCUGCGGGUCUGCGGGCUGGGGACGCGGUCAUCCGGGUCAACAGUACCGACAUGUUCAACCUGAGGCACAAGGAUGCCCAGGACGUGAUCCUACGGGCCGGCAACAACUUCGAGAUCACCGUGCAGAGGGGAGCCAGCACGUGGAGGCCGAGCGUGUCGCCGGUGACAGCGUCGAUCCCGUCGCCCCAGCCGAGCCAGCCAGUAAGUAAAAUAUCCCCGGUCACGAAAACCUCACUGGCCCACAAGCAACAAGACAUCCGUCAUAUCGGUAGCGGACACAACCUCAGCCCCAAGCCAUUCCUGAACGGGACGAGCGACGGUACGGUCAAGUCGAUCGUUAGCAAGCAGUACAACAGCCCCGUGGGCAUCUACAGCGAGGAAACGAUCGCCGAAACUUUAUCGGCUCAAGCUGAGGUGCUGGCUGGAGGCGUUUUGGGGGUGAACUUCAAGAAAAAUGAGAAGAACUACAAUGCCCAGAACAGCGAGGUCUUCAAGAUGGUCCAGGAGGCGGACAAAGAGCCGAAAACACCCGAACCCGCGGAGCCAGUCCAGCACAGCGGAAAAGUGACGCCAACGUCGCCGGCUCUCACGGGCUUGCGUUCGGUCCAGACGCCCGAGACCAGGAUGCAACAGCAGCAACAACAGCACCAGCAACAACAGCAGCACCAGUCGAGCAACGGUCACCAGGCCAAUCUCAUACCCGGACAGAACAUCUGCGCCGAGUGCGAGAGGCUCAUCGUCGGCGUGUUCGUGCGAAUAAAGGAGAAGAACCUGCACGUCGAGUGCUUCAAGUGCGCGACCUGCGGGACCUCGUUGAAAAACGUCGGCUACUACAACAUCAACAACAAGCUGUACUGCGACAUCCACGCUAAAAUGGUGGCUCGGCAAAAUCAGGCGGCACCCGCCGUACCACCGGCUGUUGGACCAAAAGUCGCGAUUGUGAAAGCCAUCGUCUUACGCCUGCGAGGCGAUCCGCGCAUCCUACAACGAACGACCCACCCCCUCCUCGAGCUGUCAUAUCGGCAUUGUCCCUCCCCCUCUCUCGAUAUAACGACCCCGUGCGUUUGGUUUCUUUUGCAGCCCAGUCGCUUUGGCAGCUCUCCUUUCGAUCGGCCCACUUUUCGGUCAGUUCAGGCUACAUCGAACAACUUGAGCGGUCCGAAGCCCUUCCUCGGCUCCAGCAUCGCGAACCAGAGCUACACGUCAUCGCCCGUCAUCAACCACGGAAGCAGCACUCUCCCACGCGCUCAGAGUCAGUCCUUAACUGAAAGCUCCACGUUAUACCGGGAAGAGAGCUGCGAGCAAAGACAACAGCGUCGCGAGCCGAGCGCGUGCUCGUACCAGCAGCAACAGGAGUGCUGCACGUACGAGUUCGUGCAAGAGGUCUGCCGGCCGGUCCGAGCCGGCGAAAAGCCGCCGACGCCGCGCGCUAAGCCCCAGUGGCCCCCCGUCAGGCGCAUCGAGGACAUAACCUAUCCGACCGCCAGUCCCAUCUACAUAGAUCCCAACCCCACGAUCCAACAGGACAAGCGCGCGUGCCGCGUCAGUCGCGAGCGCCGGGCCACCGUCGAGUCGGUCAUCAGGCGUCGCCACAACUCCCAAGCGGUCAAGUCGUCGAACCAGUUCAUACAACUCCAGCAGGACAGCAGCAACAUGUCCGAUCAGUACAGCUGCCUGGGCCCGGCGUACAAGUGCCUCGAGAUAGUGAACCAGACGCGUUGCGAACGGUCCUCCUCCUCGCGCGCUAGUUCCGUCGACACCGUCCGAAGAUCCCUGACCCCGACGAGGAUUAGCCAGCCGUGUCCCCAGCCGUGGACCGCGACCGUAACCUCCGGUACAAACCUCUUCGAGUCCUCGUACCAGCCCGAGCCCGAGAACGUCUGUCGCAAGUUCUGCCAGAAGGAGGUCUGCCAGCGCGAGCGGGUUUGCCAGCGGGCGCCACCUGCCGGGCAUCGCCACCACGAGGAGCACGAGCACCGGGAGGAGGACGUCUGCAAGACCGAGGGCAGUGUGCACCGGCACCAGCGCACGAGCUCCCAGAAGUGCAAAUUCGUGUGCGAGUCCGAGUCGGAGCCGGAGCCCCAGCCUGUCCAAGAGGAGCGGGUCGACCUGUCGAAACUAGUACCGCCGGACGUCGCUGUGUGUCCCAAGGGGGUGGACGCCGAGCACGACUAUUACACGGAAACCGAGGAGGAGGACAAGGGCAAUCUGCACAUCAAGAAGACAACGACCUACGAAAAGACGAUGGAGCUCGUGUCGCCGGACCGAGAGAUGGGCCCACCCUUUGGGGAUCAGGGCCAGGAGCAGAUCGAAUACACGCAGAGAUCGUCGACCGUGGACAGGGAGGUGGAAGGCUUCUCGGAGAGACAGCAGUACACCGAAAGCUCCGAGUCGCUGACAAAGGCGUUGGAGACCCAAAAGAUGCUCGAAGAGGCGCGCAAACAGGAGGAAGAAGAUCGCAGGCGCGAGGAGGAAGAGAAUAGGCGGGCUCGCGAGCAGGAGGAGAGGAAGCGCCGGGAAGAGGAAGAAGAGAGGCGACGCAGGCAGCAGCAACAGGAGGAAGAGGAGGAGGAGGAGGAGAAAAAACGCCGGGAGGAAGAGGAGAGGAGGCAGAAACAGCAGCAGCAGGAGGAGCAGAAGGUCUGCUACACCAAGGAGACUAGGGAAACCAUCAAGGAGGAGUACCGAUCCCCUCGCGAGCGCGUAAUCGACGUGAAGCUCGAGGGGGCCUCUUGCGCGUGCGCCACCACCAGCAGCAGUAGCAGCAGCAGCAACACGAGCUGCGACACCCAGUACGAGACGAGCGUGACCCUGCCGCGUCCACCGUCUCGCGAGAGAAUCAUCAAGGUCGAGGUCGAGGCCGACAAGCCCGCGGCACCGCCGGCUUGCAGGAGCCAGACGCGAGAGAUCCGCGAGGAGACCUGCGUCAAGCGGGACAACUACGAGGAACAGCGCCGCAGAAGCUUGCGCGAACAGGUCGAAGUUCACAAGAGCUUGCGCGAGCAGCAAGCCCCGAUGAAGCGCCAGCCGAGUCUCCAGGAGCGCCGUCUCUGCUCAAGAUUCGCUCAGCACCAGCAGCAGCAACAGAGCCAACAGCAAACUUGCACCACCAAAAAGCACGUGCAGUUCGUCAAGCAGAUGGAGAGCGGUGAAGUCUGUCCACUCACGCCAUUGGAGAACUCGUCUCCGAAGGAGUACAGGUCCGAGAUGUGCAAGGCUCUGACGACAGCCCCGGAUCGGCGCUACGAGCCCCUCGCGCUCAGCAAGGAGCCCGCCAGAGAGGUCUUCCACCGUGAAGUCACCUACGAGAAGACCACCAUUUGUUCAAAGUGCUGCCAACCUAAGGUGCCUGAGCGCGCGGUAUCCCCGUUCGUGGAGGCCCUUACCGUCGCCUCGGACCGACCCUACUCCCCUCUGGGCCGCGAAGUCAAGCCCGUGCCGCCCUACUGCAAGUGUCGCUCGCAGACACCCGAGAUGAUGACCACCUACGAGGGCUACGCCAAACCCUGCGAGCUCCUCUUCCGCAAUAAGCCCAAAGAUCCACCCAAACGGCCCGAGGGCCCGCGACCGCUGCCCACCCCACCUCCGGACUUUAAGUUCCGCAACCGAUCGGUUUCGCCCUCGUGUCGAUCCACCAGUCGCGACAGAUCCCAGACCCCAAGCUGCGGCACGAGCGGCAGGCUCUCCGCCUGCUCCGGGCUCAAGAAGCCAGACGCCAUACCCUCGUACCAGAAGUACCUGGUGUGCGAGGAGCAAGCCCCGGUGUGCUCGCAGGAAUACCCGGCUGCCAGAUCACCCACGCCCACCUGCCGGGCCCAGGCCCCGAGGAUCAAGGACAACGACGACGACGACGGCGACGACAAGACCGAGACGCACUGCUACCAUUUCGAGGAGGACACUCCGCAGGGACACAAGACCAAGGACACCAUAACCAGAAAGACGGUCUCUUGGGUGGGACAGGGUGCCUCGAGACACGCCCACUUCCAGGAGCACGACGACGCCGUGACCGAGGAGUGCGACGGCAGCCACCACGUCAAGAAAAUGGAGCACAGGCUCAAGGAGUACGACGAGCCACCAGCACCCGCUCCCGAGGCGGAGGAACCGUCGGUCGAGGUGACCUGCUACAUCUCCCGUAACAGCGCUAGUCCACCCUGUCUGCCCUGUCCGGUACAGCAGAACGGCGUCAUGGACCGCAUCCAAAAGACCGGGGUGCGCGUCUUCGCUCCCAUGAACAACAAUAAACCCGAGGUCCGUAGGAUCUGCCACGAGGUACCACCGCCAAAGCCCAAGCCGUGUCCAAUGACCGGGGUUCAUGUUUUGCCUGUGAGAGCCCACAGCGACACCGUGUGCAAGUCCGGUGUGGUCGUUGUGCCGUGCGACGGUAUUGGCUCAUCCGGGGUCUGCGUGACCCCGACCCCCGACCGCUCUGGGGUCAACGUGUCCCCGUGUCCGGCCCAGUCGGGUGGCAUCUGCGACAAGCCGUCGUGCUACUGUGGCUCGAGCUCGGGUGGCUGCACGACCAGCCUCGGCAACGUCGAGACCACGCGGACCAUCACCACGAAAUGCACGCCCAUCCCCGGGGUACGUUCGGUCCAGUGUCCCCAGCCGGUGUGCAAAAUACAGAAGAAGUGCCUGGGCGCGGCUCGGGCCAAGCUGCCCUUCCCCCAGAUACCCCUGCCUUGCGAGACACCCGACUGCUCGGGCUGUCCCCUAGCUCCCCCCGAGGAAUCGACGCGCACCACCACCACCACCAAGUUCACCUCGACCUCCCAGGGCCGCGACUGCGGCUUCCAGCCGAUACACAAGCCUCCCCAGCAGCAACCUCGCACUAACCUCUGCAACCAGAUAACCACGCUUACGCUUUGCAAGCGCGAGACCACCAAGUCGCCCGUCCCGGCUAAAUCGACCACACCCACCGUGCAGCUUUACAAGCCCCAGCAGGCCAGCACUCCGCCACCGCCACCGCCGCCUUGCCGUACCGACUCGCACUUCAAGUGCAACCAAAACAGAUUCCGCCGCGAGACAACCACCACCACCACCGCAAACAACUCCUCCACCUUGUGUCAAUCCCAGACCACCCGCUCAUGCCUGACUACUAAGACCCAGAGUUCAGUAGACCCACCAAAUUUGUCAUCCCACCCGGAUCUAGGUGCAGGUGGCUUCGGCAACGGCACCGGUGGCCGUGGAGGCGUCUUCGCCGGCAGCAGCGCCCCCAACCGCGGCAGGGGCAUCCUCAACCAGGCCGGAUCCGGACUGCGCGUCCCGCUAUGCGCGGCCUGCAACUCCCAAGUCAGGGGUCCAUUCAUAUCGGCACUUGGUCAGAUCUGGUGCCCCGAGCACUUUGUCUGCUCGUCCAUGCAAUGCCGGCGUACUCUGCAAGACAUCGGCUUCGUCGAGGAAAAGGGACAGCUGUACUGCGAAUUUUGUUUCGAACGAUUCAUUGCCCCAUCGUGUAACAAGUGCAAUAACAAAAUCAAAGGAGAUUGUCUGAACGCCAUCGGAAAGCAAUUUCAUCCUGAAUGUUUCAACUGCGCUCACUGCUGCAAGCGUUUCGGCAACAGUCCAUUCUUCCUCGAAGAUGGACUACCAUAUUGCGAAAAAGACUGGAAUGACCUGUUCACGACAAAGUGCUUCUCCUGCGGCUUCCCAGUAGAGGCGGGAGACCGCUGGGUAGAGGCGCUCAACAACAACUACCACAGCCAAUGUUUCAACUGCACGAUGUGCAAAAAGAACCUCGAAGGACAGAGCUUUUACGCAAAGGGCGGACGUCCGUACUGCAAAAACCACGCGCGCUAGACAAUUGUAGUUGACACGCCGACAAUCCGAAGCAAGUGUACAUGUGCGAAUCGAUGAUCGCACGAGGAGGAAAGAGAGCAUCGUAGUUUUUAAUCCAACAACCAUAAUAUACAUACAUAUAUAUAUUUGUAUUCCUGUAAGGCUUGAAAGUACUUGUAACUUGUAGAUAAGGGACAAAGGCAAAUAAUGUUGGGUAAAACUCGCGAAUGACGACGAAUCAGUCGAUAUAUGCAUGUGUAUGUGCACAACGACCCCUCCGACGCGAUUAAAAAACUUUCUCGAUUCUCGACCCGUUCGUCGUUCUCUCGAGCGCUUCUUUUCCCCCCUCCCCCCUUCUUUUUGCUAUUUGCUUACGUUGGUUCGCCCUUUCUCUUAGAUCGAUCGAUGGAAAAAAAGUGAAACAUGUCAGGAUGGGUUUAUUUAAACUAAAAAUUGUAUUGACGAUGAAAAAAAUUUUUUCAUUAAUAAUUUGACCUUUGUAGAAGCGCGUGUUUUGCAAAAACAAAAAAAAAACAAAAAAAAAAAAAAAAAAGGAGAGAGAGAACGUCCGACGAGGUCGAGUUGAAAAUUUUUACUAACCGCAAGCGCGAGAGUGAUUACUCAAUUUUAAGCUAAAUUUUUAACUCCAUACAUGUUAUAACAAGAGCAAUUUUGCUCAGCAAGAGAGAAAAUUUAAAAAAGACAAUAGCCCAAGCUUUUUUACCACUCGGUAAUUGUGAGGAUACUUUUUUUUCUCCCUCUCUUCGAAAUAUUGAUAAAGAGCGCGUGUAUUGUUAUUACCUCUCGUGUGUGAAACACGUGCCAUCGCCGAAUAAUUUUUAGCGAGCUCGAAAAAUCGGGGCCAGAGAGCUUGCGCGGUCAUACAUUGGACGCACGAGAGUCAAGGGUGAGCGAGGAUAAAUAAAAGCUCUAAAGGCCCCUCCCUCUCGCUCGCGCUGUUGUUUGUUUGCCAGUAUAAAAUAUACAAAACGAAGGUCAAUUGACAUAUUAUACAUAUACAUAUAGUGAACGACUUUAAAAAGAGGUGUCGGGGAAAAAUAAAUUAAUUUUUUUUUUUUUUUUUCUUUUUUUCUCAUUGGCUUGGGUAAAUGCAUAUUUGAAUGAACGAAUGCGCGCGUUUGAUGAAAAAUAAAAAUGAAAAAAAAAACAACUAUGUAUGUAUAAAUAAAUAAAUAAACAAGAACAUCGUAAUCAGUAACUCAUUACGACGUGAGAAUGUGAGCGCGUGAUGAGAGAUUUUUAACGAAGUCUACUUUGUGCUGGAAAUAUUAAUUUAAAAAUUCAUGCGAAAACUGGUUUUUUGCUAUAACGUAUUACAUAUAUUAUAUUAAUGGAUGCUUCGAUUUUAAGCUACUUUAUUGACCAAUGAAAAUUGACAUCGAUGAAAACAGUGAACGAUGAAGGUGGUGUUUUUUAAAAAUAUUUCAAAGACAUCACACCGGAUCGUCAAGUCGCUCAAUUGAUGUAUUUUUUUGGCAAGUUUGUGAAAAAAUUUUUAACAGAAUCGCGAUUUUUCGGAGACAAAAUUUAUUAUACAUGUAUACAUAUAUUUAUCAUAUAUCAUAUAGCUGUGUAAGGCAACGAAACGAAGCCUGUACGCAUCCGUGUUAUGUGUUGCUUAAAAUAAAGUUAAUUACAACAAA